UUUUACGUGCAGGUCGGCACCUGUGUGCACAGUCGGGGCUCGCGUGCACGUUCAUGCUUGUGCGGGAAUAUGAAACACACAUGAGUUAAAGAUCAGACCACAUUAAUGGAAACAGAGAGACACAAACACGUGUUCCUUCAUUAGAACUCCAGUGAAUGCAUUCGAAAUAAAAACAAGCAGGUAGAAGGAGAACAUUUGUUAUAUUCAGUCUGGCUCAGGGGGAACUGUGCUGCUGUUGACCGAAGUCCGAGGAGGAGAGGAGGAAGGCAUGCUAGGAGGCAGACAGAGAGAACGUGAGAUAAAGAAGGAUUAUUUUGAACUUUGAUUGAUGCAAAGCUGUUCUUGCAGGAUAUAAAUAUGGAGCUGCAGGCAAACGUCUUCUUUAAGACCCUGAAUGAGAAGAAACAGGUGAAGCUGAGCCUCGUGGUGUGUUCAGAGUGGGCGUGUGAGGGAGCGCAGCUGGAGACACGCCGGUGUUGGAGCGUCAUGUGUGCAUAGCUGCUCUCUGAUUGGACUCUUGUCUCUGCUGACUCGGUCUGAUGUUGCGGCACAGUAAGCUGCAGAAGCAGGUCCUCGCUCUGUACCGGCAGUUCCUGCGAGCCGGGCAGGACAAACCGGGCUUCCUCCCCCGAAUCCGCGACGAGUUCCGAGAGAACUCCCGCAUCAAGAAGACGGACGUGAUGCACAUUGAGUAUUUAUACCGACGGGGCCAGCGGCAGCUGGAGCAGCUGAGGAACGCCAACACCAAACAGCUGGGCUCCUUCUCCAAACCCAAAGAGCACGGCUGAAACCGCGUGACCUCCGAAAGACGCCGGCACCGUCAAACUGCUGCCAUUGUGCUCAGGAGACGGGCUAUGAAGGUCGCAGCAGCGACACAAGCUGCCGUGAAACAAAUGUUGACAGUAAUGAAUUUAUCUGCUGUCUGGAACAAUAAAAUGUGUCUGUGAGGCUUCAUGUCUCCCUCUGAAAUAUCA